CCAAAAUGAUUGUUGAAAUUGGGUCGGUGCACUAAAAUUGCUUCUAAGGUCCCAAAUGCACUAUAGCAAGCCCAAUUUUGACUGUCAAGCGGUUCAUGGACACACUUCAAAUCACUCCAAUGCUCAUCACUUUGCCAGAGGACGCUGUACUCAGAGGAGCCCUCAGCUUUCAUCACUGAGAAUUUAGUGUCGUAGAAAAGGAGCAUCCACUCCGGCGAAGAGUUCAAGAUGAGUAACAUCUUGAAGGCAUCUAGCAGAACAGAGACAUAAGAAGAUGGGGUCUUGCUUUGAACAACUUGCAACGGAGGCUAUUUCAAAACUUGGAGAUUUGAUAGUGAAGUCCACCGUAAAGCAAUUCGAAUAUCUGAUUUGUCACGAAAGACUUGUCGGCAACCUAAGAAAAGAACAUAAGAAGCUGAUGGGCAUGAAAGAUGCAUUGAAAGGACAAGUGGAAGCAGAUAGAAGUAGAGGUCUUGUAGUCGCAAAUAACGUGCAAGAGUGGCUCUCUGAUGUGGAAGCGAUUGAUGCGAAGGUUCAUAAACUCUAUGAAGAUGCUGUAGAAAACAAGCGCAAGAAAUGUGUUGGUGGAAGACUUGAUUACUCAUUGGGCAAGCAAGCGACAAGAGCAUCACAAGAUGUUGUAAGCUUGGCGGAGCAGAAAGAUAAACUUCAACCCAUAUCAUAUCCUAAGCCUGCACUAAGGCUUGGACCAACCUUCACUCAAGACAUCAAGGGGUUGGAGUCGAGAAAAAAGAUCAUUGGGGAUGUUAUGGAGAAAUUGAAGGAUGACAAGAUCAGAAUGAUUAGCAUUUGUGGCAUGGGUGGGGUGGGAAAAACCACCCUAGUGAAAGGUGUUAUCAAAGUUGUUGAAUCAGAAAAGCUAUUCGAUAAGGUUCUGAUGGCAGUGGUGUCUCAAAAUCCAAAUUACCAAAUGGUCCAAGCUCAAAUUGCCGAUUGGCUAGGGUUGCCAUUCAGAAGUGGGAGCGUGCAAGGAAAAGCACGGGAAUUACUUGAUUACUUGCAGGGAAGUAGUAGGGUGUUGAUAGUGUUUGAUGAUGUGUGGUCAGAGCUUGAUUUUGAGAGCAUUGGAAUUCCUUCCCUUGGACAUGAGAAAGUAUGCAAGAUAUUGUUCACAUCACGAAACGAAGAAGUAUGUCGUAAGAUGGGAAGCAAGGAGAAUAUCCAGCUUCAUGUGUUGCCUGAAGAAGAAGCCUGGGACCUAUUUCGGGACAUGGCAGGGGUUGACACUACAGACAAGGCCAACAUAAAGCACAUUGCAAGGAAGGUUGCAAAAGAAUGCGGAGGCUUGCCCCUUGCUAUUGUGACAACAGGAAGUGGGCUACGAAACAAAGCUAAGCCUCAAUGGGAGUAUGCACUUGAGCAACUACGACAUUCUAAGUUGCAGGAUAAGGUUCAAUCAAGCAUUGAGCUUAGCAUUACAUCUUUAGGAACUGACGAACACAAAUAUUGCCUUUUCCUUUCCGCCUUGUUUCCUGAAGACUUUGAUGUUCCGGUAGAAAGUGUGCUGCGUCAUGCUGUGGGGAUGCGAUUGAUUAAUUUUGCUGGUGCGCUGGGAAAAGCAAGAAACAUGGUGGACACUUUGGUGGAUGACCUCAAAAGGUGCUUUUUAUUGCUGGAAAGUGGAAAACGUGGCUGUGUGAAGAUGCAUGAUGUUGUACGCGAUGUUGUCUUAUCAAUUGCAUCUCCAAAAGAGCACGGCUUCGAGGUGCGUCAGGGUAAUGAUGAAUUGAAGCAGUUGAAGAAACAAGACAAGGUGGAUCAUUUCAAAGCACUGUCACUCAUUUUGGCAGCUGCAAUCACCAAUGGCAUAGACUGUCCAAUGCUUGAGCUCUUUCAAGCGCGAUCAGAAAGAGAGGAAGCCAUUUUGUGGCCGGAGAAUUUCUUCCAAAGAAUGAGUAAGAUCAGAGUUUUGACAAUGAACAAGUUGCGCAUUCCAACAAUGCCGUCUCUUUUCCAAACCCCCGUGACCUUAAGGACAUUGCAAUUAGAAGAUUGUGAUGUUGGAGAUGUGUCCGUGAUUGGCAAUAUACUUGUGGAACUCGAAAUCUUAAGCCUCUCCCGCUCUAACAUUAAAGAACUUCCAACUGAAAUCGGACAAUUAAGCUCUCUGAAAUUGCUGGACUUGACAGAAUGUAAUGAACUUGCCAUCAUUUCAGAUAAUGUCUUUGCAAGGUUGUCUCAGUUGGAAGAACUUUAUUUCAGGGUAAGAAACUUCCCUUGGAUGCUAAACAAGCCAAUUCUCGGUGAGUUGAUAGAACUUUCUCAACACUUGAAGGUUUUUGAAAUCCAAGUAAGAGAGGUAGAAAUUCUGCCUAAAGAUUUGAGUUUCAAAAAUAUAGAGAGGUUUUGGAUUUACGUGACUCAAUAUUGGGAUGACGAUCGUGGUUUUGGAUAUCUGGAGCCAAAUAAGUUAGUGUUCAGACAUACAAAUUACAAUAAGUCUAUCAAGUGUAGCCCAGUACUAAUGCAAUUGAUUAAGAGAUGUGAAGUUCUCAAGUUAGAAGACGUGAAGGACUUGAAAAAUGUGAUUUGUGAAUUAGAUGACAGCGGAUUCCAAUGCUUGACAAAACUAAUACUAGAUUCAUGUCCAGAUGUUAUGUAUGUUGUAGAUUGCAUCACUGCAACUUCUUACACUGCCUUCCCGCUAUUGAAGUCAUUGUCAAUAUUUAAUCUCCCAAUGCUAAAGGAGAUAUGUAAGGCAUCCGACAAUCACCAUAAAGUCAACAACCCGUUGAUUUCUGAGUUCUUAAAUUUAGAGAAAUUGUAUCUGCGGCGUCUUCCACUAUUCACUGGCUUCGGCAAUGCCAUCGAUUCAACUGAGCCACCUUCAUCAACAGAUUCAUCUCAUCGUGGUUCGAGUUGCACAAAUGAAAGAGUUAAUGCUUCACAAACUAAGGAAGAUGAGUCUAUGUCUAAAUCAAAUUGUCAAAACAAGUUAUUUUCAUCUAUUUGGAUGCUACAAUUUCCAGUAUUGGAAACCAUCACCUUAGAGACCUGUCAUUCCUUGGAGGAAGUAUUUGACUUGCGAGAAUAUUCAAAGUCGUCGAAUACCCAAAUGUUUCCUCAGCUGCGAGAAAUCCACAUCGAUAGUCUUCCUAAGCUAAAAUAUGUGUGGGGUAAUGUUCCGCAUAGUGUUGAUGGGUUUCACAAUUUGAGAUCAAUUGAAAUUGAGUCAUGUGACUCUUUAAGUCACGUGUUUACACCAGCCACUGUCAAAGCAAUGGUGAAUCUUGAGACAAUAGACAUAUAUUCUUGCAACUCGAUGGUGGCUUUAGUUGCUGAUGAAGAAGAGGGAGAUCUUGAAACCAAAGGAAGAGAACAUACUAUCAUCUUUAAUAAAUUAUGCGCUUUAUCACUCUAUAGACUUCCGAAUUUUGAAAACUUGUAUACAGAUUCUGCAAAGUUAGAAUGGCCAUCAUUGAGAACAUUCUAUUUUGGGUAUUGUCCCAAGUUGAAGAUAUCUUUGAUACCAACCCAAUUGAAGACAGAAAACAGGGACUUUAGCAAUUCCAACUCAUCAAGCUCCUCUCAUCGGCCCCUUAUUGGUUGCAUGCCUUGGCCACUUACAUUUGUUCGCCACCGCAGUCAAGAGACUACUACAAUCAUGGAAGCAUCAUUGGCACAAGAUCAAGAACCUGCAAUUUCUGAAAUCAAGGGCAAGGCAGAAAUAAGCCAUGUACCAAUUCUUGAAUAUAUUGAUCUGGGAGACUGUGAUUCAGUGGAAGAAGUAGUUUUGCUUGAGGGAACACACAAUUCCAGCAUUGACAUUUGUGAUUAUGACAAUUUAGAAAAAAGAACAAGCAUGAUGGUUACUUUCACUCACUUGGUGUCACUUGAAUUGUCUGGACUACCAAAUCUUGAGAAUUUUUGUUCUUUUGCAAUCAACGGCAAGCAAGAAGGCAGGGAUUCUAAUGAAGGCAGUGAGAGAAUAUUGAGAGAAAAGCCUUUUAUUAAUGGAUUAUUAGUUCCAAACUUAACAUAUCUAUACAUGUAUAAGUGUGACAAAAUAAAGAUAUUGUUCUCUUUUUCAACUUUUGGAAGGCUUAAAAAUUUAAGAGUAAGUGAUUGCAAGAACAUAGAAGAAAUAGUAUCCAACAAAAAGAUUAACACAAGUGAAGAUAAAGUCAUGUUCCCAAAAUUAGAGAAACUAAGUCUUGUAAGCUUACCGAAACUAAAAGCCUUCUGUCAAGUUUCCUACUCCUUUGAGUUGUCAUCUCUGCAAGAAGUAAUGAUUGAUGACUGUAUGAAUAUGGAAGUGUUUUCACGGGGAUCUUGUCAUACAACUAAGCUCAAGAAUGUCACCAUGAAUUCGAAGGCAACAACAUACUUCGAGUGCAAUAUCUCUGUGCAAAAAGAAGACCAGUUGAAUUCUACUAUAGAGGGAUUUAGAAAAUUUAUGGCAUUACAAGAAGAAAAGAUGAUUAGGUGGAGCAAUCUCCAUGAUAAAGACAUAAUUAAGAACUUGUUUGAGAUUUCAGUUAUGAAUAUCAGUGGGUAUCAUGAACUCUCAAUGCUUGUUGAGCUCAAGGAGAUGCGCAUGCUUCGACAUGUAAGGGAACUAAGUAUUACUAGUUGUGAUUCACUAGAAGAGGUGUUUGAAGCAAGAGGAGAAAUGCUUACAAAGGAAGGAUAUGAUCAAAGUAUAAAUUAUGGACUAGAGAGCAUAAAAUUACAAGAUUUACCAAAAGUGAGGAGCAUAUGGGGACUCAAUAUUGUGAGGCAUGUAAGUUUUACCCAGUUAACGUCAAUUGAAAUUGCAAGAUGCAACAAUUUAAAGUGUGUGAUGUCCUAUUCUGUUGCCAAAAGCCUUGUGGAGAUAAAAGAACUAAAAGUUAAAAACUGUGAGAUGAUUGAAGAGAUUGUCAAAAAAGAAGAGGAAGGGAAAAUCAUGAACAUGGGUGCAGGCUGUAAAGAUAAGACUUUAUUUCCAAAAUUGGAGAAGUUGAGUCUUGAAAAUUUGCCGAACUUGAGAUGUUUCUGUUAUGGAGAUUAUGACUAUGACAUCCCAUUGAGCAAUGAAAACGAAGAUAAGAAGAAACAGGAACAGGUGCAGGUCUCAUUUCCCCAAUUAAAAGAAAUAAGUUUAACUGGUGUGCCCAACCUCCAAUGUUUCUGUGGAGGGUCAUAUGACUAUGAUCUAAUGCUCUUAUCACCUUCCUCACAAAUUGAAACCUUUUCUAAUGGAAAUGGAAAAGUAAUUGUAAGCACACCUAACCUUCACAAGGUUAAUAAUGACACGCUCACCCUUGGAGACAUGAAUUUGACACUAUAUUAUCUUCACAAUUAUUCAGGCAAAUAUAAGGUGGAGUUGCAAGAAGUAGACACAUUUGAAUGUAUUGACGAGAAACCUCAAUACAAGCACUUGGUGGGCUACAUGAAGAGGGUAUUAAGGCUUGAAGUUGAGAGCUGCAACAAGCUUCUCACAUGUGUCCCAUCCAACACCAUUCAUUCAUUAUUAUUCCAACAUCUGAAAGAGCUUCAUGUACGGCAAUGUCAGAUUAUGGAAGUUGUAUUUGAAGGGACUGGCACUGGGAUUCAUAAAUCACAAUUAGUAAGGAUGAGGUUGCAUUCUCUGCCCAAACUGAAUCGCAUUUGGAGAAACAACAACUCUGUCAUAGGCUUUGAGAAUUUGAAUACUCUAAUAAUUAGUAGGUGCCAUGAUUUGAGGUUUGUGUUUCCAAAUGUGUCCGCUGCCAGAAGCCUUUCGAAUCUGAAAGCACUUGAUGUGCAGGGAUGUAAAGAGAUGGAAGAGAUCAUUGGGAACAAUAAUAGUAAUAAGUCUGUGCAGCAUAAGGGAGCAAAGAUUAUAUUCCCAAAUUUAGGCACCAUUCGGCUGAGUAAGUUACCGAAGCUAAACAGCUUCUGUUCAAUUAGCUCUUUCUAUUUCGAGCUACCACAUUGUGGACGGAUAAAAAUUAAAGAAUGCCCAAAGAUGGAGACCUUCUGCUCUGCGACCUUAUACACACCAGAGCUAAGGAGAUUACAACUGGACGAGGUCAUAUACAACAUAUAUGUAUAUGAGGGAAGGAACCUGGAAGUGAAUCAAAUGAUUCGACAGCGACAGCGUAAAUACUCAUGAAGCGAAGAUCAUUACAUACACUGUUGGAACUUGGUUGGCUUUCUGUUUUCACAAAGAGGCCAUGAUUCGAUUGCUUUGACUUUUCUUACGGUCAUUGUAACAUUCAUGAUAUCGUUGGCAUUGAUGCUCUUGUACAGUUUCAUUUCUUGGGCGCCGUCGAUUUAAAAUCACAAGCAAUCAAAUGCUGAUGAAGAUGAAUCUGUGUUCUUGUCUCUAUCAGUGAUUAUCAAUCACGUCGUUAUCAUUAGUGAAACCAAACCAAGAGGAAUCAAUAAUGUACCGUACAGGCUUGCAUGAUGAAAAUCCGGCAAAUUACUAUCUAGUUCUACGUACAAUAUCACAAUACAACAAUUUCUUCUUUAUUGAAUUCUGAUUUUGUGUUUCAUAGCCUGGAGUCUGAUCUUGGAAAUCUAGUACUCUUUUCUUGCAACACAUACUUUAUUUAA